AUGCUCUGUUCAUCAGCUACAGAUGUGACGCUGGCAGAUACAGAUGUAAACAAAAGUGCCUCCCUGCCUGCCGAAGAACAGCCUGAUCCACCUGAUGGCCCCCUUCCUGGCUCAACCAGUGACCAAGAAAAGAAAGUAAGAUUAUCUCCAGCCAAAAUGUCAACCAAGAACUCUACAGAUCUAGUUGAAUAUGUUGACAAGGGCUGUCCCUUUCUCCCUGUCAUUCAAAGCAACCAGACAAGUCAGCUGGAAGAGCGGCUGAGUAGCCAGGAGCGCACCAUAGCCUUCCUCCUUGAGCAAGCCUUCCGCAUCAAGGAGGACAUCUCCGCCUGCCUUCAAGGGACCCAGGGCUUUCGAAAAGAAGAAUCUCUUGCCAGGAAGUUACUAGAAAGUCACAUACAGACCAUCACCAGCAUCGUCAAGAAACUCAACCAAAACAUUGAGAUCCUAGAAGACCAAAUAAGAAUCCGAGACCAGGUGACAACAGGAACUAACUUUGCAGUGCAGGAUUUAAACAUCAAGCACCUGCAAGGAGUCGGAGACCUUCGGGGAAGAGUAGCCAGAUGUGAUUCAAGCAUUGUGAAGCUUUCCGGGGACAUCCAGUUCAUCAGGCAUGAGUGCCGGCAGGUUGAGAAGUCAGUUCAAGAACUCGUUUCUGCCAUAGAAACCAUUUCCAAGAACUUGGAUGUGAAGGUAAUGCAGCUCUUAGGAAAGAUAGAGGCAUCUACAUCUGAGCACACAUCAAACUUAAAGAUGGUCCAGGGAGAUUAUCAGCAUGAAAUGAACCUCUUGGAAUUCAAACUUAACUCACUUUCUACAAAUGUGUAUGAAGAAAUUGAAAACAAUCAAAAAUGGACAGAAAACCAGUUUAUCAAGUACAGAAAAGACCACCUGGGCCACAUAAAUGAAUGUCUGAAGGUUGUGCAGGAAAAGCUGGAAAAGUCUGAGAAUAAAAUGGAAGAAAAAAUGCUGCAGCUUUCAAGCAAGUUGGAGAAUUUUAUUAACUCCCAGAAACAGGAAGCAGAACUAAACAAAGUGAAAGCCAUAGAGAAUAAACUGUCCAAGAAGAUGAACCAAAUGGAAAAGCGAAUCUGGGGUGAAUUAGAGAAAAUGCAAAAUGACUUCCAAUCAGGAUUUAAAUCAAUUCAUGACUCCCUCAGUUCUCUCCAACAAAUACAAAAAACAAAAAUGGAUUUAGAGAAAUAUAAAGUACAGAAAGACCUAAAAAAAUUACAGCGCAAAAUAGUGGAACUCCAAGAAGUAUAACUUUGAAGUCACUUUCUUUUGCACCAGCUGGAGUAAUGGGUUGUUGGAAGAUACUGUAAAGAAU